AGACUCAUUUUUCCCCCUUCCUCUCCUGGUCGCUUUUCGUGUGGAUCUUAUUUUCUCUCUCUCGGGACUGAAGGUAGAGCGAAGCCCACGUUGGCAAGGAUGGGAAAGCAGCGGGGCUCCGUGAUGCCCGUGGAUCUGAUGGGCAACGCCGGGUUGCUCUGCCAGGCGUGCGGGUUCCUCCUUUGCAACCCACAGCAAGCCGAGUGUGGGCACCGCUACUGCAGGGGAUGCGUGAAGAGGCUGUUCAGGUCAGUGGCAAAAAAAAAGUGCUCCCGGGCUGUUUAAAGGCGAUUCCCAUGAUUCGCGAUUCCCCCUCUCCAUGAUGUUGCUAGACUACAGGUCCCAUCAUCCGUGAUCAUCUGUCAUGCUCAUGGGAGUUGGAGUCCCCUAAUCGUAGCUGGAGGGACGCGGGUGGCGCUAUGGGUUAAACCACAGAGCCUAGGACUUUGCGAUCAGAAGGUCGGCAGUUCGAAUCCCCGCGAUGGGCUGAGCUCCCGUUGCUCGGUCCCUGCUCCUGCCCACCUAGCAGUUCAAAAGCACGUCAAAGUGCAAGUAGAUCAAUAGGUACCGCUCCGGCGGGAAGGUAAACGGCGUUUCCGUGCGCUGCUCUGGUUCGCCAGAAGCGGCUUAGUCAUGCUGGCCACAUGACCCGGAAGCUGUACGCCGGCUUCCUCGGCCAAUAAAGCGAGAUGAGCACCGCAGCCACAGCGUCGGUCACGACUGGACCUAAUGGUCGGGAGUCCCUUUACCUUUAUGUUUAAUCAUAGCUGGAGGAUUCUCAGAUGUUAGGGUCACCUUUCCAGGAUUUGCAGGGCUUAGAAUAACAGAAUCGUGGAGUUGGAAGGGACCCUGAGGGGCAUCAUCUAGUCCAGGCUUCCUCAACCUCGGCCCUCCAGAUGUUUUGAGACAACAAUUCCCAUCAUCCCUGCUAGCUAGGCCAAAAACAUCUGGAGGGCCGAGGUUGAGGAAGCCUGAUCUAGUCCAUCCUGUAGUAAGGCAGAGAUCUUUUCCGCAAGGUGGGGCUCAAACCUUUGACCCUGAGAUUAAGAGUCUCACGCUCUACUGACUGAGCUAUAACUACAGUCAUUGGCAUUUAAUUGGCAAGCCAGAUCAGCUUCCUUCAUCUUAUAGGGUUAGCUGGAUAAAUCAAUCUCCUAUCUUCUUGCCUGCCUUCUGGUUAUGAUGGGCAUAUAGAAACUGCCCCAAUACCAGCUGUGGGGGAGCACCAGUGGGAGGGGGCUGCUGCCUUCCUGCCUCUUUUUGUGUGGGUCUCUGAAGCAUCUGAUAGGCCGCUCUGGGAAAUCAAAGGCAAUGGACCCUUGGCCUGACCCUGUCUUGUGUUUUGUAUUUCCUGGGAACGACGCAUCCACUUUUAUUGGACUUAGUGUUUUUAGGCUGCAACCCGUUAAUUGGUCGGGGGCCAACGACAGAUUUGUGAUGCGUUCUAGAAACGUAAUUUAAAAAGAAGACUCACUUUGUUUCUUUUAAUAGGGUGUGAGAGUCAGGUUUCUCUCCAGUUUGCAAUAUUUCAGCUUGCUUUUCUGUUUUCUCAGGGAGGGGGGCUGGAUGCCAAGCCGUGUUGGCACAGCUGCGUUUAUUCCUCGAGCACCUCAAAUGUUGUUGUUGUUGUCAUAUUCUGAUUCAGCUGUGCUUGUGCGUAAGCAAGAUGUUGACGCAUGGUAGUCUAGGGGGCCUGUGGCUCUUGAAUUAUGCUGGUGGCAGGUGAUGGCUUGCAGCUUUUGUAAAUCUGAGCUGCGCUAAAGCGUCUUGGGGAGCUGAUUCCACUCUUCAGUGUCCACGAGAGCUUCUGAGCCCUCUGUCCUUAUGCACCCCACUUCAUCUCCUGGAAAACUGUUCCCCAAAGGCGCCGGAUAUGCUUAAGACGGCCCUGAGCGUAGUUGGUGAUCUUGAGCCACUCAGUUCAGCCGUAACUAUCUCACAUAAUUGUUGCGGGUAUAAAAGAGGGGCCCAGAUAGAGAACCAUUACGCACGCUGCCCUGAGCUUCAGGGACAAGUGCAAUAUAUAAUUGUGACAAAUGAGUAUAAUGCACGGUAUCCGCAAUACUAAUGACUUAACCAAUGGAUGGCAUUAAUCUCGAUGAUGAACGGCUGCUUCGCAUAUGUGGGGAGGAAGAAUAAGUUAGCAAAGGACACAAGGAAGAGAAGAUGGAAGUAGUUAUGUUUCAAAUGCAUCAAAUAAGUGUUUCUUUUAUUUUCAGUUGGGUUUUUUUCAUGCAGAUGUGUUUUAUUAAUUAUUAUUAAUUAUUGAAUUUAUAUACCGCCCUAUACCCUAUUCCCUGGCAGGAAGGGUGGCAUGUAUAUUUAAUGAAUAGAAUUUGGAGGGUGUGUGUGUAUGUAUGAAAGAGAGAGAGAAAGAGAUUCAAAAUGUAGUUUUCAGAGGGGGUAGCCCAAGUUAGUAGUGCCUUGCAGGAAAAGAGGCUGGUGGUGCCUUUAAAGAAUAGAAAAUUUAUUACGACAUAACCUUAUUGUGGGUUACGCCCCCUUUCUGUUUCUCAGGGUUCAUCCUGCUCAAUUUUCUGUCCUCUUUCUUUCCACAGGGACACAGACAGGGUGGCCUGCCGGACUUGUAAGAAGGGACUGAGCCCCAAACAGGUGAGUUGUAGUAACAUGAUGUUCUGGAACAAGAGGCAUUUGGGUUUUCCUGGGCUUUUGGUUCUUAAAGUGAUAUGUUGUUGUUGUUGUUGUUGCCAUCUUGGCAAAUCCCAGUCAGUCACUUUUGGACUCUCUUUUGCGGAAAGCAACGAACAAAUUUAACAAGAAGAAAAUGAUAAUAAGACCAGUCAGUCUCAGCCCCAAAUAGCAAGAAACCCAUAAAUGAAUGGUCACUAAAUUCCCUCUCACUAAAUUCACUAAAUUCCCUCUAAGAGCCAAGGCAUGGUUCGGGUAUGGAUGUUACCUGCCGCUGCCCUGUGAUCAACCUCAUCCCCUAGCAUGGGUCCCACCUGUGUCGCCAUCCUCUUUUAAAAACAGGAACUAAAGAGAAACACAAGAUAUAGAAAGGGAGAAAAUGAGAGAGAGGUGUGUGAUGAAAUUCAGAAGAGCUCCAUAAGUAGAAAAGCUGAGAGGGUUUAUUUAAAGAAUCUGUUGCACUCCCUUCGCUGCUGCUUGACAACCUACUCCUUUCAGCAUUUUCUCAUUUUCUGUAUGACUAUGAAGGCCAGAAAUCUUGCCCUCCUGUCUACUAGGAACAUGGUACAUAGACAGCAAAACAGAAACAGAAACAGAAAAACAGGGGGGGAAACACCUGUCGUCCCUUUGGAGUUAAGGGUGAAUCCUGGGUUCAAAAGAGUUCACAACUGUCGCCCUAGAGAGGGAGGUGGGGAUCACUGUUUGCGGUGCCUGCUUUUCAGCACUGACCAUGCACUUUGCCAUAAUUUGAGGGCGAUACGUUUAAGGCAGACUUUGCCAACCUGGUGCCCACCUGGUCUGCAGGGGCUGAUGGGAGUUGUAGUUUGAAACGUCAGUCAGGCACCUGGUCAGCAAAGGAUGGUUAGAGGUAAUGUGGACAGUGGUACUUCUGCAUGUGAACAGGAUCCGUUCCGGAGCCCCGUUUGCAUCCUGAACCAAAUGCAACCCGCAUCUGUGCAGGCCACAAUUCGCCGCUUCUGCGCAUGCAUGUGACGUUGUUUUGAGCAUCUGCGCAUGCGCAAGCGGCGAAACCCGGAAGUAACGUGUUCGAUUACUUCCGGGUCGCUGCGGAGUGUAACCUGAAAACGCUCAACCUGAAGCAUAUUUAACCCGAGGUAUGACUGUAGUGAGGUAUGACAUGGGUGGUGCUGCGGGUUAAACCACAGAGCCUAGGGCUUGCAGAUCAGAAGGUUGGCGGUUCGAAUCCCCGCAACAGGGUGAGCUCCCGUUGCUCGGUCCCUGCUCCUGCCAACCUAGCAGUUCGAAAGCACGUCAAAGUGCAAGUAGAUAAAUAGGCACCACUCCGGCGGGAAGGUAAACGGCGUUUCCGUGCACUGCUCUGGUUCACCAGAAGUGGCUUAGUCAUGCUGGCCCCAUGACCCGGAAGCUGUUUGCCGGCUCCCUCGGCCAAUAAAGCGAGAUGAGCGCCGCAACCCCAGAGUCGUCCUCGACUGGACCUAAUGGCCUUUACCUUUUUUUUAUGACUGUAGUGUAUUGGUAGAGGUAACCGUGACGGGUCAGAAUCGGCGACCAACAUAUUGACUCCUUCUUUUCUCUCUCUCUCUCUCUCUCUCUCCAGUUCCACACUGACAAAGCAGCAGAGAACGACGCUCUAGCCACACAAGUUGCCUGCCCGAAUUUUGACUGUGCUUGGACGGGGACCCUGAAAUCGUACCAGGUACAGUGGUUUUAAAUGAAGAGAAUCGCUUCCCUCUCCCUGCCGAUACGCAGUGCACACGACCAGGGAUGAAACGGGAGCCCAAAGCUCUUAGGGUGCCCUCUUGUGGCAAUUGCAGGCAUUUGACAAAACACAUGCAAAACAGUUGGAGGAAACUGCGACUGGAGGAAAAGGAAAAAGAAGUCCAUAGAUGAGUUGCUCUAAUAUUAUUGAUCUGACUCUUCCUUCUGCGAUCCUGUUCAGGGUUCUAGCCAGCCAGUCGCUCCAGUGUUCCAUUUUUUUCUUUUGCAGCUUGCUGUUCUGUUAUGUUGUGAACGGCCCUGAGACCUCCAGUAUACAAAUUUAAUAAAAGCAAGCAAACAAAUAAUUCUGUGGCAACUGAGCACAUUCAGUACUUCCUUAUUUAUUUAUUUUGUAAAACCUCAGGAUUCUCCCACAGUGGGGCCGUUCUGAGUCCAUUUCUGUCGGCAGCACUCGCCACCUAAGUUUGCUUUUAGGGGGAGGUGAUAAGAAUAAUUUUGAUCAGUUUUCCUAAUUGAAAAUUAAUUAAAAAAAAAUAUUUAUUUUUUAAAAAGAAUAAUUAUGAUCAGUUCAAUUGGGACUCCAGUAAAACAAUAGGCUGCAAACUGAAUAAAUCAUGGGCAGGCAAACUAAGGCCCCGGGCCAGAUCCGGCCCAACUGCCUUCUAAAUCCGACCUGCGGACGGUCUGGGAAUCAGUGUGUUUUUACAUAAGUAGAAUGUGCCCUUUUAUUUAAAAUGCCUCUCUGGGUUAUUUGUGGGGCUUGCCUGGUGUUUUUACAUGAGUAGAAUGUGUGCCUUUAUUUAAAAUGCAUCUCUGGGUUAUUUGUGGGGCAUAGGAAUUUGUUCAAUUUCCCCCCCAAAAUAUAGUCCGGCCCGCUACAUGGUCUGAGGGACAGUGGACUGGCCCCCUGCUGAAAAAGUUUGCUGACCCCUGGAAUAAAUGAAAAACAACAAUAAUUUGCAUUAGUAAGACAAUGAUAAUAAAGCAGAGUUAGGAAUUCCUAAAAGGCAUGUCUUACCACCCUCAUCAAAAUGCUGUUCCCAACAACAGAAUGUGAUACAAAGCCAGUAUGUUUUGUAGCAUAGAGAUAUGCCCUUUGAAGGCUUCAGAACAUGAGGUAAUCCUGUAGUCAGCAGCAAACAACCUUUGCUCAUUUUCCUGGCCUUGUUCUUUUGCUUUAGGAGCACGCUUGCCCCCCUGUGGCCCAGCCCGGAACCCCAAAGAAGGGUCCCCUGGCCCUUGGAGAUCAAAGCGUUGAGGAGAUAGAACCCUGCUGGAGUGUCAAUAGCACAGUCAUGGUAAGUCACCUCAAGAGAACCUGCAUUGCGAGGGUAUAGAAACCAAGCUCAGGGCCCGUUGUGGGCCUGCGCCCAGAAAUGGAGCAAUAUGCCCUGGUGGGAACCCCUCCGUUUAAACCCUCUCCUCUCUCCCUCCCUAGGGUGGCCCUUCCAUGAACGUGGAAGCCGUCCAAAUGCGGAUGGAGGCGUUGGAGCUGACGGUGGCGUCUCUGCGCCGACAGCUGAACAGCCAGACGGCUGCAGUGAAGUCCCUCCAGCGCUGCUGCUCCCACUACGAGAAGCUCUUGAGGGCCUCUCAGGAAGUAUGCGCCAUGGCGAAAGCGUCUGGAGAACCAGCGUCCCCGGAGCUGGCCAGCACCGACGGGACCUUGGUGUGGAAGGUGGAGAACUUCUCCAAACUCCAGAAGGAUGCCAAAGCUGGGAAGAAGCGUUCCAUCUACUCCCCGGCCUUUGCCACUCAUCCGUUCGGGUACCAUCUCUGCGUCCGGCUCUACCCCGACGGAGAUGGCAUUGGCCAGGGCGGCCAUGUCUCGCUUUUCCUCGCCUUGGCCAAGGGGCCCUACGACGACGUCCUGCCCUGGCCUUUCCGGCAGAAGGUCACCUUCUCCCUCUUGGACCCCACGCGGAGGAAGUCCCCCGUGAUGGAUACCUUCCUCCCGGAUCCCCACAGCGUCUCCUUCCACCAGCCGCGGCAGAGGCUCAACGUGGCCAGCGGGAGUCCCCUCUUCGUCAGCCAUCUUGAGAUUCCUGGUUACCUCAAAGACGACACGCUCUACCUCAAAGUAGUGGUGGAUAAUGCAGGGAUGGAAAUCUGAGGACGGGAGACACUGGGGCAAGAGAACAGGGUUAUUCUCUGUUCUCUCAGUCACACUUUUGUGGUUUUUCGCUUCUCCCAAAGGCCUUUUAACUAUUUUUGAAGCUCUCCACCUCUUGUCAUCAAAUCCCUGCCCCUUUCUCCACACCACCAAUUAUGUCUGCUAUAAUUCCCAUUCUGAAAUGGGCAGUGAACUACCUCUCUAGGAAACCUAAAUCUUCACAUAAUAGUGCUGUGGAUUGUGCAAUAUCCAUCCCUCAUCCAAACUCGGGUGGAAUUUUUUAGGCUUUGUGAUUUUUUCUCCCUACUUCUUAAGAGUUGCUGAAAGUGGUGGAGUGCCUGGACUGGCCUUUCAGAGGUCUUGAGCGUGGUAUUCUGUAACACAAACACUGACCACUGGGUACCAUCGAUUGCGUAAUUUAUUCAAGUUGCAGAAUUGGAGUUUUCAUACUCGGCUGCUUCGAAUCUUUUAAAAAUGCAAUUCACUGGAAAAGACACAGAAGGCCUGAAGAUUUUCUUUCGAUGCCUCAUCGCAAUGCCAUCCCACUCUGCAGAUUGUGAGUGAUUGGGGAGCUGCAAAUUUAGAAUUUGUUACUGCUGUGGAGUUUGCUGUGUAUGUUUGUGUUUUCCUGCUGCAGCUCAGCAGGCUACAGUUGAAAGUGAUGUUUUGAAAUAUUAUAUAUUUGUAUUUAUUGUUAAUCAGUUCUACUGCACUUUUUAAAGACAAGGGGAAUUUGCAAUAACAUGACAGGUUUUUUUCUACCUCGCUUACUUAUUUAUUGAUGAGAAUGUUGGUAUUUAUUAUGGAAAUUGAAAUAGUAAACAUUAUUUAUUCAACGGAUGGCUGCUUAUGCUGGUUUGUUGAGCGGGUGGGGGGAAAUAUGCCUAGUGAGGUAAUAAGAGUAAAUAAUAAUAAUUUUCCCAACCUUCACUUACCGUCACAGGGUGGGACACAACAACAUUAAAAACAGUUUUAAAACAACUUACAAACCCAGAAAUUGUAGGGAUUAACUACAACGUGAACCAUAUACUCCGUGGAGAAAAAGGUGGGAUGUACAUUCAAUAGGAAAGCUCUUUAAGGGACGCGGGUGGCGCUGUGGGUUAAACCACAGAGCCUAGGACUUGCCGAUCAGAAGGUCGGCGGUUCAAAUCCCUGCGACGGGGUGAGCUCCCGUUGCCCGGUUCCUGCUCCUGCCAACCUAGCAGGAAGGUAAACCCAGCAGGAAGGUAAAUGGCAUUUCCGUGCGCUGCUCUGGUUCGCCAGAAGCGGCUUAGUCAUGCUGACCACAUGACCCGGAAGCUGUAUGCCAGCUCCCUCGGCCAAUAAAGAGAGAUGAGCGCCGCAACCCCAGAGUAGUCUGCGACUGGACCUAAUGGUCAGGGGCCUCUUUACCUUUACAAAAGUAUAUAUCUCAAGUGUCAAAAGCCAGGUUAAAGAGGUACGUCCUCAGCAUUUGCCCAAAGCUGUAUUGAAUAACGAAGAUACCAGAUGCACCUCUGUUUGCAUACCAGGGCAGUGAGGCAAACUCCGAGGAGACAGCAGUGCUCUCUGAAACCCAUUAAUCAGGGGUCAGCAAACUUUUUCAGCAGGGGGCCGGUCCACUGUCCCUCAGAUCUUGUGGGGGGCCAGAGUAUAUUUUGAAGGAAAGAAAUGAACGAAUUCCUAUGCCCCACAAAUAACCCAGAGAUGCAUUUUAAAUAAAAGCACACAUUCUACUCAUGUAAAAACAUGCUGAUUCCCAGACUGUCCGCGGGCCGGAUUUAGAAGGCGAUUGGGCUUGUUUGGUUGAAGGGCAUUCUCAGAAAAAUGGCCACAUAUGGCCUCUCCCCAGAGUAUUUAUUAAGUUUAGAAAGGGGAAGGGCCAAGAACAUAAUCAAAGAAAGACUCAGGGACAUUGAAACCCAAAAUGACUUUAACCAGCUUCCGAUAACUUAUAAACUUCUAUACAAUUCCCAAAGGCCCCAUCUAGCAAACUAUCUCAAAGUUCUAGACAACGCUAAACACCGAUGGGCAUUUUCCAGGGCCCGCUUUAACACUCUCCCUUCAGCUCUUCUAGAGGGAAGAUACAAUAAAAUACCGAUCAAACAAAGAUUAUGUCCCUGUAACAGCAAUGAAAUCGAAACCAUUGGGCAUGUCAUCUUAUACUGCCCAUUAUAUCGAGACUCAAGAAAAGAGCUGAUCGAACCGAUUCUGAGGAAAAUACCUCAUAGUACAGACGACACCUAUAUCAGACACCUCUUAGCUGACAAAGAGCCCGAAAUUAACAGGUCCGUGGCAAAGUACUGUUACAUUGCAACAAGAAUAAGACGAGCAAUGAUGUCUACAAAGGAGUUCAAACUAUAAACAUCGAAGGAACGAUAAUAAACAGUAGCGACUCCUGAACUGAAUUUUAAAAACUUAAAACUCGAAACCUGGUCAUAAAUAUAAGCACCAAUUCUGUGAAUUGGCCAUAUUUUUACUGUUACUUGUAGCACAAUACUACUCUUAAUGUCAUAUUUUAUAAAUUGCUUCCUGGUCAUUGACCGUAUUAAAGAUAUUUGAUUUGAUUUGAUUUGAAGGCGAUUGGGCUGGAUCCAGCUCCCGGGCUUUAGGUUGCCUACCCCUGCCAUUAAUCUUCCACCUGCAGCUAUGGCAACUCCACAAUGUCCUGGACCACAGAGCCUCCUGGAGGCCACCGCUUGUUUCCAUGGCCAGACAUAUGCAAUGUUAGCGUUGUUGGCAUCCGUCUGCCUUGAGAGACAAGGGAGCGCACCUCCAGGGGUGAAGUCAGACCACUGUGUCUCAAGGACCAAAGUGGCGUCCCUGGGGCGCAAGCCUGGGCAGUGUGUUAGGAGGUCCUGGACUACCCAGACGACCCCCUUCUCAGCCUCACUGUUAUACACUGGCUGGAUGCAGAGGAAUGUGGGGGGGGGGGAGAGAGGCACUGUCAGGAGUUCAGCCUAUACUCGAGUAGGACCCUGGCAGAGACACAUGCCCGACUGGCAUGUUCUCUCCCUCUUGGUCGAUCGGGAGCUUCAUAAGCUUUCUUCUGCCCGAACAUCACAGCGACCAAUGCCAACUGACACCAGCAUACUUAGGGAUCCGCAGAGGUUGCGCACCUUGCAUGACAGACCUCAGCAACUCAGCAUUUUGGCUAAUCUACUUUAUUUACAUAUAAACACACACAGAGUACUGCAACAUGGCUCCUUCUCUCUCUAGCAUCAGAGAGAAAGAACAAAGGACAAUAGUCCCACAGUAACACAAACAUCUUGUCUCCGUCACUUCCCACUCUGUGGAGUCAAAACAUACACCGUCAUGUGAUAGACAAAAAUCCCAUGACUGCAAUCAUGGAGCAGGAAUUCUAACAGGCACCAGCUGGGAAAUGCCCCAGGGAAAGAAGGCUCAGAGCCAGGGGAUUGGUGGUGGGACGAUGACGUAUGGUCAGAGGGAGAAGAGGGAGGAGACCAGGAGAAGGAGGUGUCAGAAGCUGAAGAAGAGGCAACAGGUUUUAGUGAACAGGAAGAGGCGGUGGCAGAGGGCAGUCCAGAUUCAGAGGCAGGAGCGGAAGGGGACAGAAGGCAGAGAUGAGGCAGGCUGCUGAAGAAGCCUGGGAGUCAUCUCCUCCUGCUGUUGCGACCAGCUCCCCUCUCACCUGGUCUCCCAGAACAUGCAGAGCAAUGAAGAGAACGGAGCAAAGAGAGACAAGACGAAGGAGCCUCAGAAUGUUUGGGAAGGACCCCGGGGGGGAGGAGUCUUCGAGAGCAGUGGGAAGAUGGCAACUGCUCAUUGGGGCAAGACCUACUGGGAAGAGCUGCUAUGAUUCCUAGGCCUGGGCUUUUUUGGUUUCUUUGAAUAAACAGUUAACUUCUUGGGCACCAGGUGUUUUGUUGCUGACCUGCUCCUAACUUCAGCUCCUGACACUUGCUGAUGAGGCCCAAGGAAAGUGGAGCACCAGCUUCGCCGCAGGAGUUUUCCUUUUCUUAGAUGGGCUACCUAUAUCUGUCUAUCUACCAGUCGUAUCUCUCCUUAUCUGAGCUUACAGUGUUGUCUUCAACAGUGGAGGCAGAACACAGCCAUAUCCUCUAUGAAUUUGUCUUAAUCCUUUUUUUAAAAAAGCCUUCCAACUUGGUGGGCAUCAUUACAACUUGUGGGAACAAAUUACACAGUUUAUGUGCAGUGUGAAGAAAUAAUUUCAGUUGUCCUUCCAACACUCCGGCUUCAUUGGAAGUCUAUGAGUUUUCGGAUUAUAGGAGAAGGAGAAAAACUCCCGAUCAUUUCCACACAGUACUUGAUUUCUUACAUGCUCCCCUUUAACACACCUUUGUUGGGAAUCAGAAAUAUUCAUCAUGUACUGCAUAUCAUCCAGUCAUCUACCAGUAGCUCCUGGUCAAUCUUUGGCCCACUCUGAUGCAAAUGACUGUUACAAAUAGCCCCGGGCUGUUCUCUCUCUCUUUUUAAAUAGUUUUUAUUUGAUUUUGCAAAUAUAAAAUUAUAACAAUGCAACCAUUCACAUACACAUUUGCAGAUUCCUCCGAAUCUCUGGACUUUCCACCUGCCCUCUGUGGGUACUAUUAUUAAACCUUUUCUACUGCAUCUUUUCCAGUAAUUUACAUUUUAUAUAACACCAUUGUCUUUGUAGUACUUGCUAGCUUACAAGUGUUACUGCAAUCCUGCUAAUGUUUCCAUCUGCUUACAGUGGUCUCCAAGGUAAAUUACAAUUUUUUCCCAUUCCUUAUUAAAGUUUUGGUCUUCUUGGUUCCUG